AAGCACUCGAGUGCUUUUUGAAUAGAAUGGACAUCCAUCUCUAUAGCAAUUGCCUAAUAAUAGUAUAAAAACUGGUAGCAAAUGCCUAACUCCCCCUAACUAACUACAUACAAACGGUAUUCCAUGAGACCACAAUCAGACUAUGGAGGGAGCGUCUAUGACCGACAAUGGGGAGAGCUGGGCUCAUAGAUGUUUUAUUCCUGACUGUCUUUCAUUCAAUAAUAUGGAAGGUCUCAAUUCACUGUUUGCAGUUACCCACUUUCCUACAAGGCUACUUGCAGCUCUGUCUAAAUACGGCAGUUUGCAUUACUUGGAGACCCUCCUUCUCAUUAAGGAUCCAGACUUUUCUGCUUUACUUACUCCUGUUGUCAAUCACCACACCUUUUCUUUCACGGUAUCCUCUUAGCAACCAUGGCACGACUGGAACAAUUAGACGAGCUCGACCGCCCGGAUCUCUCUGAGGAUCCAGGAAGCCUUCCAGGUGCCCCUGUUGCUCUAGCUAAUCGAGAUAUCAGAGACUAUUUUGCUGCGGCUGAGUCCGCAUCUCUCGCUGGAGAUGAAUCCUGGUUGUUGAAACCGGAGAUUCCGUCGCCCGAGGAAAUCAUGGACACUGAUGACCAGGAUAACGAUUGCGUGGAAUUGCUUCCAAACAAAAUUGUUGGCCCGUGGCCUUCCAAGCAGUUCUAUCUCAAGGCCCAUUACGACCUACUUCGAGAAGACGCGGUUGCACCCCUCAGAGACGCGAUUGCAUAUGUUCAGGCUGAUCCUGGUAUGAUGGACUCGCAGACAGUUUCCAUCUAUGAGAAGGUGCACAUCGUCGGAAUGACCUUUGCUCAGCGUGGUCUGGCGGUUCGGGUUCAGUUUUCAGCUCAACGUGCGGGAAAGAAUAUCGUCUGGGAAUACUCCAAGCGCCUGAUCAGUGGCUCCAUUGUUGCCCUCUCGCCGGCCGAGGACUGUUUCCAGAAGACCUGUCUUGUCGCGGUUGUAGCAGCUAGGCCGUUAGAAGGUAUCAAACAACAGCCUCCCGAGAUUGAUAUCUUUUUCUCUCGGCCACAAGACAUCCACUUCGAUCCUCAGCAGGAAUGGAUCAUGGUCGAAGCCAGAACUGGUUACUUCGAAGCGUCCAGGUACACGAUGGCUGCACUUCAGAAGAUGACAGUGGAAAGUUUCCCUCUUUCAGAACACAUCUGUGAAUUGAACUCGGAAAUCGGGGCUCCUGAAUACGUCAAGGAGAGCCCAGUCAUUACUAUACCGUCUGUCUUGGGAGGCAUGGAAGAUGCUGCCAAGGUUGAUCUACUGGAAAACCCUCAAAUACCAGCAGAUCAAUUAGAUCCUUCCCAGCUAAGGGCCUUGGAGCAGAUGUUGACGAAGAAAUUGGCCAUUGUGCAGGGACCCCCUGGGACUGGGAAGACCCAUGUUUCUGUGGAGGCGUUGAAGAUCAUCCUUGCCAACAUGAAGCGAGAUGAUCCCCCCGUAAUUAUCUCGGCCCAGACGAACCACGCUUUGGAUCAGCUUCUGACUCAUGUCUCUCGCUUUGAAAAGAACUAUGUACGGCUUGGCGGAAGAAGCACUGAUGUCGAGAUCAAGAAACGUACCCUCUACAAUGUCCGACAAAAGCAGUCGGUACCGAUUAUCAAAGGAGGUCUUCUAGGCCCCUGCAGAAAGAAACUGAAAACCAUUGCGUUGGGAAUCGCAGAGCUCCUACAAAUUUUCAACCCGGAGAACUCGCGUUCCAUCCUUCCUUCAUCAUUCUUCAUGGAACAUGGAAUACUAUCCCAAGUCCAAUACAAAUCGCUUGAAACAGGGAGUAAAGGCUGGGUCCAGUCCACUGACAAGGAUGAUUCCGACCCUCUUGAGAUCUGGCUUGGGGAUGCUGUGACAAGGUUUGAGGUCAAGUAUUCACGGGAUCACUUUGGCUUCUCGGAAGACGAAAUCGACCUCGAAUACGAACAACUGAAGGAGCUAGAAGCCGAACAAGGAGUCGAGGGCGAUGACUAUGAAACUCUCCGCGGCCAAUAUAUCGGGUUGAAGGAAGGGUUUAUUGGUUACUCUACAUCCCAACGGGGGGACAGAAAUACCGCCAGGUAUCUGAGCUGUAACGAUAUGUGGCAGAUCCCUCCCAAAUCACGCGGCACUGUCUACAACAUCCUCUGUCGCCGUGCAAAAGAACAGGUCCAGAGAGAGUUUCGCAGACUUGCAAAACUUUAUGAGGAAGCUUGCCAGCAGACUCUAAUUGGCAGGUGGGAAAGAGACUACCUUGUGCUCCAAGAUACCAAAGUGAUCGGAGUCACCGCAACCGGGCUGAGCAAGUAUCGCGCCCUGAUCUCAAGCGUUAAGCCCAGGAUUGUUAUGAUCGAGGAAGCCGCGGAAGCAAUCGAGGCUCCCAUUGCAGUUUUCUGUCUAGAUACUCUUCAGCACCUCAUCCUCGUGGGAGACCAUAAACAGCUCAAGGGCCACUGCUCAGUUCAAGAACUGGAAGGAGACCCGUUCUUUUUGGACGUUUCCAUGUUCGAAAGACUGAUUCAUAAUGGGAUCCGAUAUGCCACCCUCAACAGACAAAGGCGAAUGGCGCCGGAGAUCCGUCGUCUGCUUGCUCCCAUUUACGGCGAACUCCAGGACCAUCCCUCUGUGAAAGAACGGCCUGCAAUCCCUGGGAUGGGCAACGUUGCGUCGUUCUUUUUCAGCCACGACUGGGUCGAAGAAAGUGAUAGUCUGAUGUCCAAGUUCAAUGAAAAAGAAGCCCAGAUGGUGACGGAGUUCUUUGUCUAUCUCGUUUACAACGGCGUUGCGGUCAAGGACAUCACUAUCCUCACCUUCUACAAUGGUCAGCGGAAGAGACUGCUCAGACUCCUCAAGAAUCAUCCCUAUCUUCAAGGCCAAUACGUCAAGGUGGUGACUGUCGACUCCUACCAAGGCGAAGAGAACGAAGUCGUUCUUCUCUCACUGGUCCGAGGCAGUGACACCGGACGCAGCAUAGGGUUUCUAUCCGUCGAGAACCGAGUCUGCGUCGCCAUCUCGCGUGCCAAGCGUGGCUUCUACAUGUUUGGCAACGCCAAAGCGAUUGCGGCUGCUGAUCCGCUGUGGUGGGAGAUCAUCAAUAUCAUGGGCAAUGGCAACAAUCCGAACGACCGCCGACUGGGAUUCAAUCUCCCGCUAACCUGCACGAAACAUGGACGCAAAACCUUCGUGAAAGACCCUUCCAAAUUUAAUUUCCUCAACGGUGGCUGUGAAACACCAUGUAAUGAGAGACUUGCCUGCGGGCACCAAUGCGCUCUAAGAUGUCACAGUUUCUCUCAUGAUCAAGUCAGCUGCAACCAAGAAUGCAAAGAAGAUCUUCCCUGCGGCCACUCAUGCACGCAGACCUGUUCAGACGGACACACCUGUGCGUGCAAGUGCGAUGCGUUUGCCCGGUUCUUGCUCGUCUCCAAGUUCGACGACGAAGUAGGCACCGAGCUCAGCUAUGUCGCGUCCCAGGCCCACCAAGUCCAGACCGGCUCCUCCGCCUUUGCUGCACUUUCUAAUGUCGAGAAUGAACGUCAAGCCCGGCUUCAGGAGUACCGCGAUUUCGCGAACGGGGGCGUCAAGGAGCACGACGCGAUGCUGCGCGCCCGGGCCGAGAGCGCUAAUCUUGAGUACCUGCAGAAACAGAUAGACACGAUGGCUCUGAAGGAUCUGUUCGGAGAGAAGCAGGGUAUCCCUAGGACGAGCGAGCAGCUCAUCCCCGAUGGGAAGGGCGGAUACCGCAAGCAGUUUGUGGAGAUUUACCAGGCAGAGCAUCCUAGUGCCUCCAAGGUGAAGGAAGGCAAUCUACUUGAUCUAGACUAGGAGUGGUUUUGAAGAAUCUCAUGAAAAACUAGAGAAUGGACUAGCAUAAGGAUGGGAAAGGAGAUAUCAUACUGGAUUUGUUGAU